AUGUCCAACUUUAAGAAUUUUACUUUAAAUUCCUUUGAAGAUUAUUACGGAAAGCCCUCUGAAACGCCAAAAAUGGAGGAAGAGAAAUUGGAAGUAACAAAUGUGAAUGCGUCCUCUUCAAAAAAAGUACAUAAAAGCAAAAAGAGCACUUCAAAAUAUGACCAAAAGAAUGUAUUUAGAAACUCAAUGACAGGAAUUGCACAAAUACUGCCAACAAAACCUGUGAAAAUUAUAGAGCAGAAUAUUGAUUUUGCCAAUCCGAAGAGCUUCGACCUCCUGCAAUCUACACAUACUAUUUGCUUUAAUAAAAGAAUUAACACUACUAAUACCAAGUUGAAUGUGGAAACUCAUACUUCUAGUGAUAUUGACAACGACAUAUUGCACGUUGGAGCCCCCACAGACUUGGGGGGAAACAGUAAUGACGAAGCGGAAACAAGGCAACUAAGGAAGUUUCGAUGGUCCAAUAAUAAAGAAAAAAGUCUUUGUGAAAAGUUAACAGUCAUAUAUUGGGCCCUCUUGCUCCACACAACAAAGAGAGCAAGUAAAAGGAGACCUAUAUUAUGUCAUCAAAUGAUAGCUGAGUUUUUUAACAGAGUUUAUAAGGAGAAAUCAAGAGUACCUAUAACUUCAAGAUAUAUUAGAGAUAACCUCGUCGCUUGGGUCACUCAAGGAAAGGAAUUGCAUGAAAAAGGUUGGGUAGGGGAUGCCAAAACUGGCGAUUUGCAAGAACAGUUCAAUAUAGCCACUGUCAAAUUAUAUGAAAGCGCAGAAGACGGGCGUCUUUCCAUUGGUAAAGACAAACCCUUUCGAGAGGAAAACACCGGCAGUGAUAGUUUGGUUCGAGCGGAAGAGGACUCUACCGCUGUCACUAAUGAAAAUGGACAUAUUUCUUCAGAAAAAAACUUGAAAAAAGAUCGUAGAGAGUCUAUAAGGAACCAAAUCCUGACUUUAGACCUAAAUGACGAAGAUUUUUUCCAAAAUGUAAUGAAAGUUUUAUCAGCCAUUGAUGAACCAGAACUGAGACAAUAUGUAAUCGUAAUCUCAGAAUUAGUUAGCAUGGAAAUGGAUGAUGGUAAAACGGUACGAGAAAAGCUCCGAGACGUUGAAUUGAAUAUUAAUAGGUUGCAGGUUGAUAUAAAAGAAAUAAAGGAAAUGCUUGUUACACUGAUAAACAAAUGA